CACCAUAUGCUGACUUGGCCACCAUAUGCUGACUAAAUGCCAAGUUUUGCAAUUAAUUUGAAUAAAUAUUUGAACAUUCCAAUAGCUUACACUUCGGUUUCAGGGCCAACGGCCUAUUGCGCCUCAAGCCUCUUAUCUGUAUUUUGACGUAAAAUCAUAUUCUUGGAGUUUGUACCACCAAGUGCAUAGAUAUAUGUUUCACAGUGCCCGACACUUUUUUGGCUUCUACGCCGCACUCAUAAAUCAAGUAACGCAAAAUUGAAUUUUUUUUUGAGUAAACGGUUUUUGAAAGUAAACCUUUCUAAGCAAUUGAAUAUGAUUGGUUGACUCUCGAUGCUGCUAUUUACAACAUGACCCUUGAAUACUCAUACUCGACUAAUACCCCAUUCAAAAUGCAGAUUAGACAAUACGUGAUGAUCGAUUCUGACCACUGGACACCAUAUGCGGACUAA